AUUUUUUUCUUCAAAAUCUAAAUAUCCGAACCCGAUCCGAAAUAACCGAAACCGAACUAAAAAUACCCGAACCCGACCCGAAGUACAGAAAUACCCGAAAGGGUUCUACACCUCUAUACCGAAAUACCCGAAAAUUCGAAAUACCCGAUCCAAACCCGAACGGAUACCCGAACGCCCACCCCUAUAUGCAGUUUCCGUUAAUCCGCAAAGUCUUUUCUUCACCUCUAUCUAUGCAUAUGUUUAGGUUUGUCUCCACAAACAUGCCUUAUUUUUGUCUCUACCUAAUUUUUUUAUUAUACAUUCAAAAUUCAGGGAAUAAACUAACCUUUGCUCUCGAAAAAUCAAAUUUAAAAGAGUCUAUAAGUUAACAAAAGAAGAAAAAGAAGCCCUUGUACAUGUUUUAGUCCGAUCUCUUGUCACUUUGUUGUCUGAAAAGUUGAUAAACGAAACUCUUUGAGAGUUUUUUCAUAUUGUUUAAAAUCUAAGUACCUUUGGCUUAUACAAGUUCUUUUGCAAAAGACCCAACAAGGAAUAAAAUCUAAGACAAAAAAAGAGAGAGAUGGAAAGUAAUAUCGGUGGAGCUGGAGAAGUAAGAAGAGUGAAACUAGUCUAUUUCCUUAGCAGCCGUUCUGGUCAAGUUGACCAGCCUCAUCUCUUGUCCGUUCAUCAUCUCUCCCGUAAUGGUGUCUUUCUUCGAGAUGUGAAGCGAUGGUUAGCGGGUGUACGAGGGAGUGCCAUGCCAGACCAAUACUGUUGGUCGUGCAAAAGGAGGUAUAAGAAUGGAUAUGUAUGGCAAGAUUUAUUGGAUGACGAUCUUAUUACUCCCAUCUCCGAUAAUGAAUACGUUCUCCAAAAGGUAUGUCAUGUAAUUAUCACUAUAUUCCAUGAAUUGAGGUUAAUUUAGGGCUCUUAAUAUUUUAAAACAGAGGAGUCUCCUCAUGCGGAAAAGAAAGCUUGGAAGACAAGGAACUUUGGUGACGGCAGUAUUGACGCUAAGGAAAAUCUACUGAAGUCGAAGUUAACGUCGGACAUGAUCCACAAAGAGUCUCCCGUCUUCUGCUCUCAACGUUGGACGGCGACAACGUCGACAGUCACCGAUGAAUCCACCACAAACGAAGAAGAAACGUUCGUUCUUAAGAAACCAGGUCUGAAAAAAGUAUCCGGCGAAGGACACGGGUCGACAGGAAAAGUGUCGGGUAACGACACAGAGUCAGGUCGAACAAGUGUAUCGUCGACGACGUCGUCUUCGAGUUUUAUUAAAGGUAAGAGUUAUUCGAGCAGGCGUGCCUCGCAAGUGCUAAGGAACUUGAUAAAGUACUGCGGUGGUUUGGACACGAACGACGCCGUAUUAGUGCCUUUGAAUAAGUCUGCGUCUAGGUCUUUUGGUGCGACUUGGGAAGAUGAACCCAGAUUCCAAUACCAACAGCACAAUGCUCGAAAAAGCUUUGAAGGGGCAUGGAAUGCCAUAAAGAUGAAAGACACAAUUGAAUUUUGUAAACCAAAGGUGGCUUCAAGCAAGCCUUCAAUGGCUCCACUAUGCUCGCAAUGUGGGAAGUCAUUCAAACCCGAGAAGAUGCAUUCACACAUGAAGUUGUGUCUAAGAAUGAAGAGUUCAUUGUCGAAGGAUGAUGAUUUGAUGACGGGAAAUAAUACCAUUAGACCGAACCAGCAACGCUGCAGAAACAUUUCGGGAGAUCCAUCAGGACAUAAAAACGUGUAGUGAGAGCUACUCUCAAAGAUUAAGAAGCUUAACUAUGAUUGAUUAUCUAGCUGUGCGAUAUGUGAAUGGAUGCAGACGGGUAAAAUUUUCACUAGUUCAGUGAAGUUCAGUUUGAUGAAGCGCACAAAUUUUUAGAAUAUCAUGAGGUCUUUGGCAUAAAGUGGGCUUGGGUAAAUCUAACUGAAGGUUUUAGAAGCUAAAUUGAUCACAAUUUGAACAUUUAUGUCUUAAUGACUCAUUAUUUGAUAUAAUGCAAACAGAAAUUUAUUUCGUUCACGUUUUAAAACCUUUAUAUAUACGGUUAUAUCUUACGUACGCGCGCACGUAUGUUCAUGCCAUCAUGUGCGUCAGUGCAUGCAUGUUACUUAUAUUGAUACAUUAGGUUGAGAAUAAUUAAGCACAUGAACUAAAUAAAUACAACAUGAUCUUUGUAGUUUUGUUUUCGAAGAUAAAAUCUUGAAUUUUCAUUCUGUUUCUAGUACAUAUCAUUUUGUUUAGAAUAUUUUUAAUCGAAAAUUCACGUCUGCUUUGACCAGAUAUGAUUGAAAGUUCUAAUGGAAAUUUAAGGCCUCUAUAAACUAUAUUAUAAUUUUAUUUCGUUACUUCGACGUUCUUGCCUCUGGUCAAAUAAGGCUCACUCUUGUGUCAAGCCCUAUUUAAACAAGUGACUUUGCCUGAAAAAACUUAAAUCUCUAACUCAUCGAUCCAUCUUAAGACAAGAACAACAAUAACAAAGUCAACGGUGCAGUAUAUAAUUCUUGUGUGACUCUUAAUAUCAUUAAUGGAAGGAAGCUUGGAAGGUAUGCUGAUGAAAGUGAGCAUUUUCGCUCUGGUUCAAGCUCUUGUAUAUCUUAUUCUGUCUACAUCUUCGAGUGUUUUCUCUAAGUCAAACACGAUGAAGAGACUUCAUAGUUUCCGGUCAGCGAGAUCCAUGAGCAUCAGCCGGAUUCUGGCGGUUCUUCAGGAUAUGCCUGCAGGCGGCGAGAUUUCUCCUUCUUCCAUGAGUCUCUCUUCUUUUCUUGCUUCUCCUUCAUCGUCACCACGUAUAUGAUUCAGUAUUUUCUGGUGAAUUAUGUUUGAAUAUUGUCUCUGCAUGUUAGAUAAUGUUCAAAUUCCUUUGUUUAUAAAUUUUUUUUUUUAUAAAGUUUAUUUGUAAUUUAAUCUCCAAUUUGAUUCAUGAUUGAUUAAGAAAACAAGAAAUGACGUGAGCCCGUGUUAAACAAGAGAAACAAAACGUCAGCGUGUUAGUUAAGUAUUCGUCACCAAAUAUUCAUUCAUAUCUUUCGAACCGAUUCUUUGCUAUAUAUAUAGAUAUGAAUAUAGUUUUAUUUUAGCGACCAGAACAAUGAUGAUAGUUUAUUUAUAUAGCUGGUACCUCUUUAUAGAAAGCUACUUGUAUAAGGAGAAAAAAUGACGAUAGAGUGUAUACACUACUACUGGAAAUAUCUAGUGGGUAGAAAAGUUGUGCAUUUUUUUAAGACAUUGAACUCCAUGUUUUGAUUAAGAAGAUUCAAAUAAGUUAUAGCCUUGGGAGCUAACCAUACAGGAAUCUGAAAGUUUACAUGGGAAAAUUUCAAAUUUUGAGCACGAGCACUUUUAGCAAGGAGGUCUGUUGAAUUAAGCUUGAAACUAAAGAUAGCUUGAGGAGCAAGCUAAGGAGAUCUAAUCCUACCGAGAUAUGGAAAAGGAAACAUAAUGAGUUUAGGAGUUAUCUAAAGUUGUGUUACCAAAUAGGAUUAGGAAUACAUAAGCUCUAUAUAAGUAGAUAUUGAGUUGUGAUAUCACUUACUAGAGUUUAGAGAUUGAGAGCUUGAGUUUUGAGUUAUUUUCUCAAGUUAUUAAUAAGAGAGCAAUUCUUAUUUGAAUCUUUAAGUUCUAUAUUUGGUAUCAGAGCCUUCCAAAAGCAGAAGCAAUGGGAGACUUAUCAAUUGUGACGACGGUGAAACCGAAGGAGGGUGGAUCCACGAUCAAGUGCCCCAUGUUAACCUCAUCUAACUAUAUCGUGUGGGCCAUCAGAAUGAAGAACGUACUUAAGAUACAUAAGGUUUGGAGCAUCAUUGAAAUCGAAACAGAGGAAGAAGAUAAGAAUGAUUUGGCGAUUGGUUUAAUGUUUCAAGCGAUACCCGAAAGUCUAAUACUACAGGUUGGGGAGCUAAGCACGGCAAAGAAGGUGUGGGAGGCUGUUAAGAUGCGACAUGUUGGUGCAGAACGAGUCAAAGAAGCCAGACUUCAGACAUUAAUGUCUGAAUUUGACAGACUCGUGAUGAAAGACGCUGAAAAAAUAGAUGACUUUGCUGGAAAGUUAUCUGAAAUUUCAUCAAAAUCUGCUGCACUAGGAGAAGAAAUUGAAGAACCAAAACUAGUUAAGAAAUUUCUUAAGAGCCUUCCACGUAAGAAAUACAUACAUAUAGUCGCAUCAUUGGAGCAAGUGCUUGAUCUUAAGACUACCAGUUUCGAGGAUAUUGUUGGACGUCUAAAGGACAUAAGAGAGAGUAGCCGAAGAAGAAGAGAAUCACGAAGAUCAGGGGAAACUCAUGUACACAAACACAGAUUCUCAAUCUGUGCGAGAGUAUCACGAUGAUUACAGAGGAAACAGAGGACGAGGCGGUAGAUCAUAUAGAGGAAGAGGUCGCGGACGUGGCUAUGGAGGCAGAGAUACUUCGAGAGUAAUGUGUUUUCGGUGUGACAAGAUGGGUCACUACGCCUCAACAUGUCCCGAUCGUCUUCUGAAGUUGCAAGAGGCACAAGAACUGGAGAAAGAUGAUACACAAAACGCAGACGAGCUCAUGUUGAAUGAGAUAGUCUACUUAAACGAAGAUAAAGUCGUCCCAAGCAAGUUCGAGACUCAUGAUGAAAAGGAGAACAUGUGGUACUUGGAUAAUGGAGCCAGCAACCACAUGACGGGAGACCGAAGAUAUUUCACAACGAUCAACGAGUCCAUAACUGGAAAGGUAAAAUUUGGCGAUGAUUCUCGGAUCGACAUUAAGGGGAAAGGGUCCAUAGAGUUUACUGAUAUAAAUGGGGAACCAAGAAUCAUGUGCGAUGUGUAUUAUAUUCCUGACUUGAAAAGUAACAUCAUCAGUCUCGGGCAAGCCACUGAAGCGGGAUGCGAUAUAAGACUAAAGGGAGAAUGCUUGACCAUGCAUGAUCGAGAUGGAAAGCUACUAGUAAACGCCAUAAGAUCUAGGAACCGUUUAUACAAGGUUCAUAUGGGCAUAAAAGACAAGACAUGUUUACUAUCAACAGCAACCAGUGAGUCUAUACGGUGGCAUGAGAGGUUGGGUCACGUUAACUGGGAGACCAUUGAGUCGAUGGUACAGAGAGAACUUGUGAUCGGAAUACCGCGAGUUACUAGUGAUAAAAGGGUGUGUAGCUCAUGUAUGCUUGGGAAGCAAACAAGGAAAAGCUUUCCUCAAGCCACGGCGUAUCGAGCAAGUAAAAUACUCGAACUUGUUCACGGUGAUUUGUGUGGACCCAUAACACCAAGCACACGUCCUGGGAACAAAUAUGUGUUCGUACUCAUCGACGAUCAUACACGAUACAUGUGGACUACUUUGCUAAAGGAGAAAAGUGAGGUCUUUGAGAAGUUUAAAAGGUUUAAAGCAAUGGUAGAAAAAGAGUCAAAGCAGAAGGUUCAAACGUUCAGAACGGACAGAGGGGGAGAGUUCACCUCUCAAGAGUUCAACGAGUUCUGUGCUCAAGCAGGAAUACAACGUCACUUAACAGCGCCAUACACGCCGCAGCAAAACGGGGUCGUUGAGAGACGUAACAGAACGUUGAUGGAGAUGACUCGAAGCAUUCUGAAGCACUUCGGACUUCCAAACUAUCUAUGGGGAGAGGCAGUGAGGCAUUCCACAUACAUAUUAAACCGUGUAGCUACCAGAGUGUUAAAAGACGUGACACCCUAUGAAGCUUUCCGCGCAAGAAAACCUAACCUAGCCCACAUACGGACGUUUGGAUGCAUAGGAUAUGCAAAGGUGGUGAAGCCGCACCUAAAGAAACUAGAGGACCGAUCUCUUAUGCUCAUACAUCUAGGGACCGAGCCAGGAUCAAAGGCAUAUAGGAUGCUUGAUCCACAGACGCAAAGGAUCGUUGUGAGUCGAGAUGUAGUUUUUGACGAGAGCAAAGGAUGGAAUUGGAAGAACGAGGACACAGGAGAGAAUGCGGUUAAUGACUUCAAAAUUUGUUUAGGAAACUUUGGGAAUCAUGGAAUACUUAGCGAGGUUUCUAACGAGUUGAGUAAGGAUUCUUUGGUACAGCAACCCGAGAAGAAUGAUGAGAUGAAGAGUGAAACAGUGAUACUUGACAACGAAGAGGAUGAGGAGGAAGAAACAGAGUCUGAAACAGAGCCAGUACUAAGAAGAUCUUCUCGACAAAGUGUGAUGCCGAGAUAUUUAGAUGAUUAUGUACUGUUAAUCUCAGAAGCUGAGGAAGAAGGAGAAUAUCUUCUCAUGAGCAUAAACAGCGAGCCAAGAGAUUUUAAUGAAGCAAAGGAUUCAAAGGAGUGGAGAGACGCGUGUGUAGAUGAGCUGAAGUCAAUUGAGAAGAAUGGAACGUGGACGCUCAUUGAUCUUCCUGUCGGAGCCAAACAAAUUGGUCUGAAGUGGAUAUUUAAGAUUAAAAGGAACUCUGAUGGAAGUAUCAAUAAGUACAAAGCUAGACUUGUCGCAAAGGGCUAUGUACAAAGGCAUGGAAUAGAUUUUGAUGAAGUUUUCGCUCCUGUUGCGCGAAUAGAGACGAUCAGGCUACUCAUAAACCUUGCAGCCGCACACAACUGGGAGAUACAUCAUCUCGAUGUCAAAACGGCAUUCUUACACGGAGACUUAAAGGAAGUAGUAUACGUCACGCAACCGGAAGGGUUUGAAGUAAGUGGGUCUGAGAGUAAAGUAUACAAGCUACAUAAAGCUUUAUACGGCCUACGACAAGCUCCUAGAGCAUGGAAUCACAAGCUUAACUCGAUCUUGCGGGAGCUUCAGUUUAUUAAAUGCGCAAAAGAACCAUCAGUCUAUCGAAGACUUGUUCAUGGAGAUCUUCUGGUCGUUGCAGUUUACGUCGAUGACCUAUUCAUUACAGGUGCAAACGUGCAACAUAUAAUUGAUUUCAAGAAGGAGAUGUCAGCACAGUUUGAGAUGAGCGACCUUGGGAAACUAACGUAUUAUCUCGGAAUAGAAGUCACGCAACAUCAAGGAGGGAUCACACUAAGUCAAAAGAACUAUGCAGAAAAGAUAUUAGAAGAAGCAGGAAUGAAAGAUUGCAACUUAGCACACACGCCUAUGGAUUCAGGGUUAAAGUUAUCCAAGUCAGAAGAAGAAAGGUCUAUUGAUGCAACAGGUUAUCGUAGAAAUAUCGGCUGUUUGCGCUAUCUACUGCAUACACGUCCGGACUUAUCUUAUUGUGUAGGAGUUCUCAGCCGGUAUAUGCAAGAUCCGAAAGAGUCUCAUGGAGCGGCCAUGAAACAAUGUCUGAGAUAUCUAAGAGGCACCACGAGCUAUGGACUGGCGUUUGAGAACGAAAAAACGAGGACAACACGACUUGUUGGCUAUAGUGACUCAAGCCAUAAUGUGGAUCAAGAUGAUGGCAAGAGCACAACAGGUCAUGUUUUCUACUUAGGUGAUAGUCCAAUAACCUGGUGUUCCUCAAAACAGGAGACCGUAGCUCUCUCGUCUUGCGAGGCGGAAUUCAUGGCCGGUACAGAAGCAGCUCGUCAGGCGAUUUGGUUACAAGACCUACUCGGUCAGAUAAGUGAGAACCUUUGCAAGAAGACGGUCAUACGGAUAGACAAUCAAUCAGCCAUCGCGCUCACAAGAAACCCUGUCUUUCAUGGUCAAUCAAAACACAUACACACCCGUUACCAUUUUAUCCGGGAGUGCGUAGAGAAAGGGUUACUAGAGGUUGAGCAUGUUCCAGGAAACGAGCAGAAGGCGGAUAUAUUGACUAAAGCACUUGGGAGAAUCAAGUUUAAAGAAAUGAGAGAUUUGAUUGGAGUUCAAGAUCUAUCGAAAAUGGAGUUCAAGCUUAAGGGGGAGAAUGUUGAAUUAAGCUUGAAACUAAAGAUAGCUUGAGGAGCAAGCUAAGGAGACCUAAUCCUACCGAGAUAUGGAAAAGGAAACAUAAUGAGUUUAGGAGUUAUCUAAAGUUGUGUUACCAAAUAGGAUUAGGAAUACAUAAGCUCUAUAUAAGUAGAUAUUGAGUUGUGAUAUCACUUACUAGAGUUUAGAGAUUGAGAGCUUGAGUUUUGAGUUAUUUUCUCAAGUUAUUAAUAAGAGAGCAAUUCUUAUUUGAAUCUUUAAGUUCUAUAAGGUAGGCUCUUACAUUUGCAUUACGAGGAAUGUAAAAUAAUGAAAAACAAGUAAAAGAGGAGCGUAAAUGGAUAAAUUCAUUCCAUUCCGAAACCAGAGAUGGCCAUUCUUCUUCAUCAUUAAUCAAGUUUACCAUCUGAAGGUAAUCUGAUUCAAACUUCAUUGAUAAGAUUCCCAGAUGUAGGGAGUACUCCAUUGCCCAUAAGAGGGAAGAGAACUCCGCAUGCAGGGGGGAAAGGACCUGUUCCUUCCCGAGUGAGCCGUAUAGACACUUCCUUGGCUCUGUCUUGUUGUAGUACCCACGACUGAGGUUCCCAUUAUCCGCAAAGGUCCAACCACAAGGUCCGGUUCAAGAGUUAUAAGAGCUGGAUUUGCCAAAGCUGUCCAGGAGUUGCUUGCACAGGAACAAACCGGGUUCAAGCAACUAUUGAUCCAGGAGUUGUCUGACUUGAAGCUG